UCCUGCAGCUCCUGCCCGCUGACAACCUCCGAGCACCCACGCCUCCGCGACUGUUGUAAAGAAGAACGCUCUAUUCUUUCUGUUAAAAUGAAGUGUGAUUUUAACUGUAAUCCUGUUCGUACCGAACUGAAAGUGGCCAAAUCUGAGGACAGUGGGAGGCAAGGCUCUCAUUCCCCGGCGUGUUCAGAAGGUGCAUGUAAGGAUUGCUUUAAAUGUCACGAGAGGUGCCUCGGAUCUCCAAGCCUGAGCCCUCCCAUGGUAGAACUUGAGACCCAAAGCCACUCUUUGAGUAACAAGGAAAACCAGUGUGUGCAGCAAACUCCCGGUGGUUUGAAUGAAAGCGAACUGGAGGUCAGCAGACUGCACGAGGACAGUGGCUGUGCCUCGUUUACGCUCCAGAGUGGCCUCAGUGACCACGAAGCAGGCAGCCCCGUCCCGGACGAGGGUUUCCGAAGCCGCCCACGGUCUUGCCUGCCGCGGCCACAGAGUACUCCCCAGUAUCCCAACAAACACUUGCUACCGGCUCUUCAUUUUGAGAAGGUGGUUUGUUCUACGUUAAAAAAGAAUGCCAAGAGAAAUCCUAAAGUAGAUCGGGAAAUGCUGAAGGAAGUGAUGUCCAGUGGAAAUUUUAGACUCCAGAACCUAAUUGGCAGGAAGAUGGGCCUCGAACAUCUGGACAUCCUUAGCGAGCUCUUUCGAAGAGGGUUCAGGCAUCUCUUAGCAAAUAUUUUGACGCGGCUCAGUGAUAUGGACUUAAUCAAUUUGUCUAAAGUGAGCAGAGUCUGGAAGAAGAUUCUAGAAGAUGAUAAGAGCGCCUUCCAGCUGUACAGUAAAGCCAUACAAAGAAGAGUCUUUGAAAGCAGUAAGAUUUCACUUCAUGCUUCAACCAGAGAGUAUGCUAUGAUCAGAACUGCAUUAGCUUCUGUCCAGAAGUCAACAGCCUGGGCUCCCCCCAGAAAAGAUGCUCUGGCCAAGUCAUCCAAUCAGAGGGAUCCGAAAAAUUCUACUCACAGUCGGCAUAAUGAAUUCUUUGAGGUUGCCAAGACAUUGAAAAACAAUGAGAGCCUCAAAUCCUGUAUUCGCUGUAAUUCACCUGCAAAGUAUGAUAGCUAUUUACAUCGUGCCGUCUGCAAAAGGGAAGGCUGUGGGUUUGAUUACUGUACACGGUGUCUCUGUGCCUAUCACAGCACCAAAGACUGUGCGAACGGCAAGCUCCUAAAAACCAGUUGUAAAGCGGGCCCCUUGCCGGGAACUAGAAGAAGCAAAAAGAAUUUACAAAGAUUGUGACCAUGUACUAAAUUACUCCUGGAGGAUCAUGAAGGCUAGUUAGGAAAUGUUGAGUUUUAACUUAAAAAUGAC